UUUAUUGCAUGGGGUUCUUGACACUCUAGUUUUAUAUUUGUCAUUUGUUUACUUGUCUAAUGCCGCACCUAAAAAUGUUAAAUAUUUCUAAAAUAGCACAAAAUUAGUUAAGUUUGUUGUUGAUAACAAAUAGCCACGUUCUGGGCCAUGUUUCUAAGAAUUGAUUAAAUUAUUUUCUCUCUGGAAAAACAGCAAGUGGAGUGCUUGAAAUGGCAGGAACUGAUCGAGUUUCGCUGAGUGACGCAUUAUCCAACGUUGAUGUACUAGACGAACUUCCUUUGCCUGAUGAACAACCGUGCAUUGAGGCCCAACCUUGCUCAGUUGUCUAUCAGGCGAAUUUUGAUACAAAUUUCGAAGAUCGGAACGGGUUUGUGACAGGAAUUGCCAAAUACAUUGAAGAGGCAACAGUACACGCAAGUCUCAACGAGUUAUUAGAGGAAGGGCAGGAGCAUGCUGUCAUGCUCUACACGUGGAGGUGCUGCUCUAGAGCCAUUCCUCAGCCCAAAUCUAACGAACAACCAAAUCGGGUCGAAAUUUACGAGAAAACUGUCGAAGUGCUCGCCCCCGAAGUGAACAAACUCUUGAACUUUAUGUAUUUUCAAAAAAAAGCAAUCGAGCGGUUUUUCGAAGAAGUAAAACGAUUAUGUCACACCGAAAAAAGGAAAGACUUUGUCUCAGAAGCCUAUCUCCUCACUUUGGGAAAGUUCAUAAACAUGUUUGCCGUCUUAGACGAGUUAAAAAACAUGAAAUCAAGUGUCAAAAACGACUAUUCCACAUACAGAAGAGCAGCACAAUUUUUGAAAGUCAUGUCUGAUUCACAAACACUUCAAGAAUCACAAAAUUUAUCGAUGUUCUUAGCCACACAAAAUAAAAUUAGGGAUGCUGUUAAGGAGAAUCUGGAACGAAUCAGUGGCUAUGAGGAAUUGCUAGCUGAUGUUGUCAACAUUUGCGUGCACAUGUUUGAAACGAAAAUGUACCUCACACCCAGCGAAAAACACAUGCUUGUUAAAGUUAUGGGCUUCGGGCUUUUCCUGAUGGACAGCGAGUUGUGCAAUAUUAAUAAGCUAGACCAGAAGAAGAAAUUGAGGCUGGACCGCAUUGACCGGAUUUUCAAAAACUUGGAGGUUGUCCCUUUGUUCGGGGACAUGCAGAUCGCCCCUUUCAACUACAUAAAGCGGAGCAAGCAUUUCGACCCAAGCAAAUGGCCUUUAUCAAGUAGCAAUACUCCCUCUCCCCAAGCCGAUUUAAUGGUACAUUUGCCCCAAAUUCGUGACGAUCAUGUUAAGUACAUAAGCGAAUUAGCGCGAUACAGUAACGAAGUCACGACAACAUACAAAGAAAGCGGUACUGACGCUGAAAAUAAAGAAACGGCCGAACUUGCGCUCCGCGGAUUACAAUUACUGUCUGAAUGGACAAGUGUUGUAACGGAACUGUAUUCAUGGAAGCUUUUACACCCAACUGACCACCAUCAGAAUAAAGAGUGCCCACAAGAGGCCGAGGAAUACGAAAGGGCGACACGGUAUAAUUACAGCGACGAGGAAAAAUUCGCGCUAAUUGAAGUCAUUGCGAUGAUUAAGGGAUUACAAGUGCUGAUGGCCAGAAUGGAAACGGUGUUCACUGACGCAAUUCGGCGGAAUAUUUACGCCGAAUUGCAAGAUUUCGUACAGAUUAUUUUGAGGGAACCGCUGAGGAAAGCAAUUAAAAAUAAAAAGGAUCUUAUCAGAAGUAUCAUUAUGUCGGUGCGAGAAACUUGCGCUGAUUGGCAGAGAGGUGUCGAGCCGACUCAAGACCCGGCUUUGAGGGGCAAAAAGGACGAUAACGGGUUUAAUGUUAAAGUGCCAAGGAGAAACGUGGGUCCUUCCUCCACCCAACUUUACAUGGUCAGGACAAUGCUGGAGUCGCUAAUUGCCGAUAAAUCAGGCGGCAAAAGAACCCUGAGGAAGGACAUAGACGGUCAAUAUUUAAUGCAAAUUGACCAGUUCCACAAAACCUCCUUCUACUGGAAUUAUCUUCUCAGUUUCAGUGAAUCGUUGCAGCAAUGUUGCGACCUGUCGCAGCUGUGGUACAGAGAGUUCUACCUCGAGAUGACCAUGGGACGGAGAAUAAACAAAUGCACCGUGCGUCACGCUCAUAACGAAGAAUGUAACGAUUUGAUCACGAUGGAAAAACGCAUACAAUUCCCAAUCGACAUGUCCAUGCCUUGGAUUUUGACUGAUCAUAUUUUGAAAACUAAGGAACCCUCGAUGAUGGAGUACGUCUUGUACCCGCUUGAUUUAUACAAUGAUAGCGCGCUUUACGCACUGACAAUAUUCCGAAAGCAAUUUUUAUACGAUGAGGUCGAGGCUGAAGUUAAUUUAUGUUUUGAUCAGUUUGUUUAUAAACUGAGCGAGCAAAUUUUCGCGUACUAUAAACAACUGGCGGCAAGUAUCUUUCUUGAUAAGCGCUUCAGAGUGGAGUGUGCCGCCUUGGGGGCUUACCUGCUCCCCUACCCGCGAGCAAAUCGUUACGAAACCUUGCUAAAACAGCGGCACGUCCAGUUAUUAGGGCGGUCGAUCGAUUUGAAUAAGUUGAUCACUCAGAGGAUCAACACCGACAUGCAGAAAAGUCUCGAUUUGGCAAUAAGUAAGUUCGAAGGCGGUGACAUAACCGGGGUUAUGGAACUGGAAGGCCUCCUACAAGUGAAUCGGUUGUGUCAUAAAUUGCUGAGCAAGUGGCUCGCACUUGACGAUUUCGAUUCAAUGUAUCGUGAGGCUAAUCACAACGUUUUGGCGCCCUAUGGCCGCAUCACCUUGCAUGUGUUUUGGGAGCUGAACUACGAUUUCUUGCCUAAUUACGUCUACAAUGCCGCGACGAACAGAUUUACUAAGUAUCGGGGGCAGAUUGCUUUCGCGGGGGCUGUCCACAGAGAUAAGCCGCCGCAAAUGUCGCAUCAUUACAUGUGGGGGAGCAAGCAACUGAACCUUGCCUACACGACUCAGUAUGGCCAAUAUUCCGGGUUCGUCGGGCCUCAGCAUUUCCACACAAUGUGCAAACUCUUGGGUUAUCAAGGCAUUGCAGUUGUGAUGGAGGAGCUCCUCAAAAUUGUCAAAAGUCUGAUCCAAGGGAACCUCCUCCAAUUCACCAAAACUCUAAUGGAGGUCAUGCCAAAGCAGUGCAAAUUGCCACGUUACGAUUACGGCUCACCGGGUGUGUUAAGUUACUACCACGCCCAAUUGAACGACAUUGUCCAAUACCCCGAUGCCAGGACCGAGUUGUUCCACAAUUUCCGAGAAUUUGGGAACAUUAUCCUGUUUUGUUUACUGAUGGAACAGGCCUUGUCACAGGAGGAAGUCUGUGAUUUGUUGCAAGCGGCACCGUUUCAGAAUAUCCUCCCACGGCCGUUUUGCAAGGAAGGGGAGAAGCCCGAAACGAAGCAGAAACGGCUUGAAGCCAAAUAUGCCGCCUUGCAGAUUGUACCAAAUAUAGAGAAGUUAGGAACUGCAAAGCAAUCUUUGAUAUCGAAGGAGGGCGAUUUAUUGACCCGUGAGCGGCUGUGCUGCGGUCUCUCGAUUUUUGAAGUUGUUUUGAACCGAUUAAGGACCUUCCUGGACGAUUCGGUUUGGGUCGGACCGCCGCCUGCUAACGGUGUCAUGAACGUUGACGAAUGCACCGAGUUCCAUCGCUUGUGGUCGGCUUUACAAUUCGUCUAUUGUAUUCCAGUUAGCGAGAACGAAUAUACUGUCGAGGAAAUGUUUGGCGAAGGUUUGCAUUGGGCGGGGUGUACAAUGAUCGUGCUUCUGGACCAGCAAAGGCGGUUUGAGGCCCUCGAUUUCUGUUACCACAUUCUGAGAGUACAAAGAGUUGACAUGAAGGAUGAAAUUGUGAAAGGCAUUAGCUUGAAGAGAAUGGUGGACAGGAUCAGGCGCUUCCAAGUGCUCAAUUCGCAGAUCUUUGCGAUUUUGAACAAGUUUUUGAAGUCGAGUGAGAACGACGAGUUGUCGGUUGAACAUGUACGUUGUUUCCCGCCACCGGUCUACCCAAUGAAUCCGCAACAGCACUACCACGCACCCGAACAUCUACGCCAGUGUUGAAGCACGUUUAUUUUAUACAUUUGUUGGAAUCAGCUUUCAACAUUUUAUAAUCUUUUAUAUUUAUUAUAGUCCUACUACAUGUGUAAAUCUCAUUACAAAUGUAUCGCCCACCCUCAUUUAUUAUCGGCCUUAUUGGUAUUGCUUUAAUUUUUCAUAAUAAAAUUUUCGAUGCCUG